AUGUCAAAGGCCAUCAACUCGCCUACGGGCAGGCUACUGCGCAACUCGCGUCUCUUCUCUCUACCGCCACCUCUUCCUGCCGCUCCCAUUCCCAACUCGACCGCUGGGCAGAUCCUGCGCACCUCCGACACGGCCACACAGCCCUACCCUACCUACCAGGCCAUCUCGUCUCCUGCCUCGUCACGAUCUCGUGGAGACUGGGGCUUGAAGCGCCCUCUUCCCGACAGAGCCAUUCCCAAGAACACUCCCCACCUCCGUAUCAAGGCUAUCGACACUCUCGAGCACAUCACCGACUUCGAAUCCGCCGCCGAUCACACCCAGUCGCUAGCAAAAUGGCAGGACAUGAACAUCCCUCUCUCCCUGCCACCCAACGCUCGCACUGGCAUUGUCUCCACAUCCUACAAGUCACGUCCCAGCGCUUUUACAAACGACUAUGACAACACUACUCUGCAACCUCACGGAUCCGAAGAAACCACCUUUACCGCCGAGCGUGCUCUUCGCGAGAGAAACCGCCAAUCGACUACCUUGGCACGAUGGAAGACCCAGGGCCCUCACCUUACCAGCUUGACCGAGGAGGAGUUUGACCGUUACCUCAUGAACCUUGUCCGCCAGCACAAGUCCGAGUUCCGCAAGUUCCUCGAGGCUGUCAAGUUGGACAAGAAGCGCAAGCACCAAGAAGCUCUGAUGCGCGAUCACGCAGACCCCAACACGUUCGAAAUCGAACUGCAACUCAGGAGUCGCAUGGAAAAGGGCGAGCUCGACGAGUGGAUCAAGGAGCUGCGCGACAACCACCACGAUUUGAGCUCUGAGCUGUCAACCUUGGUCCGCGAAUUCUUUGACUUGCCCGCCUUCCCCUCUGCUUCUGCCAGACAGAACAACACCAACGCGCUCGCUAAUGAGAUUGCCGUCAGGACAAGGAAUGACGCUGGACCACCGUCAACCCACCCCUCAGCUGGUCUCUCGUACUUGCUCACCAGCGCCAUCGUCAACAACCAUCCCAAGUACGGCCCUCAAAGUGAUCGCGAACCUGUCGAGGCUCGUGUUCUACGGACAAAGGAGGGCAACCGCAGCAGAGACACCAAGGCUGAUGUUGGCCUCGGUGGUUUCGUUACAUCGAUCCAGCCUGGAUCAAUCCCUGGCCAGAGCCGUUUCAAGGAUACUGGUAGAGGACAGAGGGAAACUCCUGGACCUCUGCACCGCCUUGACCUGUCUCUUACAGGUGGCAACAAGGUUUGGCUGCAACCAAGAUCUGCCUAUGUCGACGAGGCAGGUCGUAUCAGACUGGAUGUUGGCGAGGCCAGCUCGCAGCAAGUGGACAUCAAGUUGGGCAAGGAGAUUAAAGAGGAACAGACACCUUACUCAAGUAUUCCUGGCAACCAGAUGCAGCGUCUCGACAGUGGACACUUCAGACCGGCAAGAUAUGGCACUGCCUUGCCAGAUGAGAGACUGCGCCAACAGCGUCCCCAGCCUUUUGAGCGCAACAACACCGACUACAAGUCUGGCUUGGAGCAGAUUGAGGCAUUGGCCAAGGGUACCAAGCAGCAAUGA